UGUUUUUAAUCUGAAUGUUAAGUUUAAAAUGGAUUUAAUUGAAUCUAUUGCUACUAAAAUUGAAGAUAACAAUUCAACAAGACCAUUAACUCGAAAUACAUUAAAAGUCCAUCCAACCGACUCAACAAAAAUACCUUCUCUACAAACACCCGAAACAAUUCAAAAAUUGGAGCAUUUAAUCGAAAAACCUUUAAAAUUAAAUACAAUGAAAGUCCAUCCAGUAAUAACUUCGACAAUGUACCAACAAGAAUAUCGAACAAAUAGAGGAGGAAGUGUAAGAAUUAAAGAUUAUGAAAGGACUGAAACAAGUCCUAUUAAAGAUUUUGAUAUAAGUGUUUUAUUUACUUAG